AAAAACUGCCAUGAAACAGAAGAAGAAGUUUCUGUCUAAUACGAUCGAUUUCCUGAAAUUCACUAGGCUACUUUAUCAAAGAACGAAGCGUGUGUAUCCGAGUUAACAGAACAGGCUUACUUUCACCUCUACUGUUUCAGUAGUUAAUCGGUCCAACAAUGUCAUCUUGGCAGAGGUUAAUCUCAAGAAGGCAUCACUUUCAAGCUGUGUCAAUGCAGGCUCAGAUGGUAUGGUCAUACACACGCAUUUGGUCACAUCGGACCCGACAUGUCAGCACCGGAGUAUCAACACGAAGUGACUUUUUAAAAAGCCUAGAGCUUCACAUGAAAAAUAUGCGCAAAAAGGCAGCAGCGGCUCUACCAGGUAGUAACUGGAGCCCCUAUGAGAUGACACCUGGGCUCCCUCCAGAGAGAGUGGAUAUCUUAAUUGUUGGUGGGGGCGUUGUGGGAUGGUCGAUAGCCUACUGGCUAAAGAGGAGAACAAAACCACGGGACUCUCUUCGAGUGCUAGUUGUGGAGAAGGACCCUACGUAUGCCCAGGCCUCUACUGUGUUGUCAGCUGGAGGAAUUCGGCAACAGUUUUCUUUGGCAGAGAACAUACAACUCUCCCUAGCAUCUGCUGACUUCUUGAAGAAUAUCAAUGAUCAUCUUGGUGUCCUCAAUGAAGAUCCUGUGGACUUGCAGUUCAACCACUCAGGGUACCUCUUCAUAGCAAGUGAAAAGGGGGCACAUGUUAUGGAAACAAACUAUCAGACCCAAAGACAUGCUGGUGCCAAAGUCAAACUUCUGUCUCCAACGCAGCUCAAAGUCAUGUUUCCGUGGAUUAAUACUGAUGGAGUGGCAUUAGCCUCUUAUGGUCUUGAGAAUGAAGGCUGGUUUGACCCUUGGACACUCCUCUAUGCUUUCAGACGCAAAGCGUUGUCAAUGGGGGUUGAACAGUGCUUUGGAGAAGUCACAGGUUU